AUGCGUACCAGGAAGUCGGUCACAGUUAUAGUGGCGGUGUUACUCCUGAUUUCGCUUCUAAACUUUGUUUUGAAAUAUUAUUCCUACUUUGUCCUCUAUGUUAGUGCCUCUAAGCAUGAGAACGGGAACGGGUCUGGACUCACACAAGAAACCGGUGAAACACCCCAUCCGCAUGAACUCUUUGUUCCACUAUUAACAUUCAUUCCUACUAAGUCGCCCGUUUUAACUCGUCCAUGGGUGUUGAUCACCAGUGCCUUUGUGGAAGAGAACCUUGUGGGACUAGUGGUCUCAGUGGUAUUGAUAUUUUAUUUAGGCAAUUAUAUGGAGUUAAUAUGGGGAGCUCGAGAGUUGGUAAGAUUCGUCACUCUAAUAAUAACUAUAACCAAUCUAUCUGUUUAUAUUUGGUAUACUAUAAAGUCAUUGUUGGUAACCAUGGAUUCGGUUCCUCCCGUUAUAGCAUCAGCUCUGGCCAUUAAUAUGGGAUUAUUGGUGGCCAUGAAACAAAGACUAUCCAAUCAUUAUUUCAUCUUCAUAAAGGGGAACGUUCGAAUCAAAGUCACUCAUAUUCCAUUAAUCUAUUUGAUCUUUAGUUUCAUUUUGGAGUGUUUAAGUGAAGAAUAUGAAGCAUCUUUUAUGCUUGCCUUUGUUGGAUUCUUUGUAUCUUGGACCUAUUUAAGGUUCUUCAAAUCUGGAACAAAUGAUCGUCAGUCUUAUUUAUUACCGUUAACAGCAAAGAAAAAUAAUACUACUAUGAUUAACAACAAUCAUAAUAAUACUGAUAGUAUUGUUGGAGAAUCAGCCAUAGUAGAUUCCUCUUCCUCCACACAAUCAUUAACUCGAGAAUCAUCAUCACGAUUUAAACUCCCAAUUAACUCCACAAAAGGGGAUAGAACAGACCAAUUUGCAUUAUAUACCUUCUUCCCUUAUCCAAUAUCAAUAUUGAUCAAAAUCAUAUCAAAUUUGGUGUUCAAUUUGCUUAUUAAGUUCAAAGUUUUGAAUCUCCAAGAUUAUCCAGAAUCAGAACAAGAUGACGUUGAUCAGGAUAAGAUCUUUUUCGAAGAAUUGAAUACCCUAAGAUCAAAUUUAUUCAGUUUAUCAUCUUUGAAAGGUGCGAAACAUGUUACUACAUUACCUGAUGCCACUUCCAAGUUCAAAGUGUUUUUGAAUUGGAUCAUAGGUAAGUCAAGUAGAUCGGGUAUUAAAUCAACCAUGGAUAAAAGACGGAAAUUGGCAUUAAAAGAAUUGGAAUGA